AUGGCUGAUCUCUGUUGCGCGUCUUAUACCUCUGUUUCAGGGCUGCUACUUGGGUCCCGGUGUGAUGCUGAGCAACGCGUUGCCAUAGCAACGGCCGGGACCGAGCUUUGCGACCGCGUGAAUGAAGUCAUAGGGCAGAUGGGUGGUCACAGACACUCUGAACGCACCAAUUCCGCGGAAGGGGCCCACUCUAUUAAUAGGACAGCUCCGGCUAAAAAUAGAGCAGCCAAAUUACAGCUCUGUGAGAUUCUGGUUGAUUCCCAUGGGCUCCUGAGCGAGAUUGAGAUCACACAAGCACUGCAGUACAUUGUGCACGGGCGUGCGGGUGGUGCGACAUUCGAUGCGGACCAAUCAGAAUCAAGCUUUAAGAAAAGAUCGUGCUCUACAGAGGCUUUUAAUUGGAAGGCUGCGUCCACGCCCAAUCAGAAGGCUCUGAAUCUGUCGAGCGCUGAUCUGGCAGGAGAAGAAAUCAACGGCUGUGUGUUCUCCACAGAGUCGGUGUGUGACGAUGAUAUCGAAAUGGUACGCGAAAAUAUCGAAACCACACUGUACCCGCAACUGCCGUUAUCAGGUGCACAAGUGGACUGUAGUUGCACCGAGCAGGGCCCUAAGCCCAAAAUAAAUGGGACAAGGUGCACCCGAAACACCAAACUUGAGGCCAAUAGAGAGCCAGAAGAAGGCGAUGGGCCUGUGCACGCGAAGCCAGCCCAGACAUCUGGUAGCCGACAAUUAUCCGGGAGGAGACAGACGGGCGAACCCGCUGCCAAUACACUAGCAGGGGAGGUAAGGCGUGUGGAAAACGCGUCAACCAGCCCUGAACCGUCGAGCGAUAGUGGACAAAUAUCCAGGACUGCCGGCGAGCCUCUUUUAGAACGCUCGAAUGGGGAUGCGCUCAUCACCGAACUCCGAGCAUUCCUACAGCACGUGUGCGACAAAGCGGGUGUGGUUGUCAUGGCAACGGACCGUGUUGCCGGGAGAGAUCCGAGCACGCCCCCCUCAAAUGACUCACGCGCGAGUGUGCAGCGGAGAACGGUCAAACCGUAUACGCAUACGCGGAACCCUACAACCCUACCACCCACCCACACCCCUACACCCCCACCCAUGGCCGUACGUACCAGCACACGUACACGUACGCGUACAAGCACGCUGGAGAGGGCGUUCCGUGAUUCUGCAGAGGGGAUGGGUGGGCCACAGAGCGUCGAGCGUGACCACGUGAUACUCAUGCUGGACAAGAGCGUGCAGCACCUUCCGUGGGAGUGUCUGCCGUUACUUAGCAACCAGGCGGUGUCCCGUAUGCCGUGUGCGGAGAGCAUUGUGAGUGCGCUGGCGAGUGCGGAUGAGACAGCGACGGGAAGUGAUGAGGUGUGUGAACACGAGCAGAGUAGUAGUAGGAGACUAUUGUUGCUGGGAAGUCAAGAGGCACCCACCGACCCUAGACUGACUGUGGAUGUGGCCGAUACCUACUAUGUACUCAACCCCGAAGGGGACCUCCAGAACACCGAGAAGACCUUUGCCAACGACUUCCAGAGGUGA